CUUCUUGGGAGCACAGAGUGCCGGCAGUUGCCCGAGGAAGCACAGCAGCAGUUAUCUGCAGGUGUUCCACGGAGCAGCCAUGUCCACCCUGUACCCGUCUCUAGAGGACCUGAAGGUGGACCAAGUCAUCCAGGCCCAAGCCAGGAUGUCAGUCCCACCAGGCCCAGUGGUAACUACCUCCCCACCUCCAGUUUUGUACCCAAACCUGGCAGAACUGGAGAAUUACAUGGGCCUUUCCCUUUCCAGCCAAGAGGUCCAGCAGAGCCUGUCUCAGACUGUGGCCGUCUCGGGCUCUUGGGCAGGCCAAGUGGUGGCACCUGUGUCAGGGAACAGCCUGGGUGUGCAACGAGCAGAGAUCAAACCUGGGGUGCGGGAGAUCCAACUGUGCAAGGAUGAGCGCGGCAAGAUGGGGGUGCGGCUGCGCGCCAUCGACAAGGGGAUCUUUGUGCAGUUGGUUCAGGCCAACACCCCUGCAUCCCUUGUGGGAUUGCGCUUCGGGGACCAGAUCCUGCAGAUCAACGGGGAGGAUUGUGCUGGGUGGAGCACAGACAAAGUGCACCGUGUGCUGAAGAAGGCCUCAGCUGAAAAGAUCAUCAUGAUUGUUCGGGACAGGCCAUUCCAGCGGACUGUGACCACACACAAGGACAGCAUGGGCCAAGUGGGCUUCUUCAUCAAGAAGGGCAAGGUCACCUCCAUUGUCAAAGGGAGUUCUGCGGCCCGCAAUGGGCUCCUGAUCAACCACUACGUGUGCGAGAUCAAUGGGCAGAAUGUCAUUGGACUCAAGGACAAAGAUAUUACAAAGAUUUUGGCCACAGCUGGAAACGUCAUUACCCUGACUAUCAUCCCAGCUGUCAUCUACGAGCACAUGAUCAAGAAGUUGUCCCCCAGCCUGCUUCACCACACCAUGGACCACUCCAUCCCAGAUGUCUGAAGCUGCAAGGUCUCUGGCCUGCCCAUCAUCCUGCCCUGGCUUGGCAGUUCGCAGCUGGCCUCUGCCCACCGUGGGUGCUGGCGGGGGUGGGUGGGUGGUGUGGUGUUCCAGGUGGGUG